UUAUAUCAUUUUAAACAUAAAAGUUGUGGAAUUUGUGGCACUGAUGUCACUCUAUGGAAGAAGGGAUUUGUGGCUGAUUUUGUGGUCAAAAAGCCGUUUGUUUUAGGACACGAGCCGUCAGCUGUAGUGAUAGGAGUGGGAAGUGAAGUGACAAAUCUGAAAGUGGGCGACAGAGUGGCUGUGGAACCGGCGCUUCCAUGUCUUAAGUGUCAAUUUUGUCGCAGCGGUCGAUACAAUCUGUGUCCCGCCUCUAACCUACACUCCCAUGGAUUACCGCCCGCUGAUGGAUGUCUUCGACGAUACUAUACUCACAGAUCAGACUUUUGCUAUAAACUGCCAGAGAACGUGUCGUGCGAAGAGGGAGCUCUUGUAGAAGCGCUGGCAGUUGUGGUUCACGCGUGUCGUCGAGUGGGUGUAGGGAUCGGUCAAAAUGUGUUGGUGUGCGGCGCCGGACCCGUCGGUAUAAUGUGUUUUCUGGUGGCAAAAGCAUUCGGCGCUUCAAAGGUCUUCUUAACUGACAUCAAUGAAAGUCGUCUAAAAAUGGCCAAACAGUUGGGCGCCGACGGAGUCUUUGUAAUCAAUCCCAAGACGUUUAAUGACAAAGAAAUGGCGAAAACCAUUCGCAGUGCGAUCGGUGCCAACUCUUUGGGAGUCGACAUUGCCAUAGAGUGCACAGGUGUCGAGUCUUCAGUUUGUUUGGCAAUACAUGUGACCAAAAGUGGCGGAAAGGUUGGUAUUGUGGGUUUGGGCGCCGAUUGCAAAAUACCAUUGAGUAGCGCAGCCAUGAGAGAAGUGGAUCUGAUUGGUGUUUGUCGUAUCAAAGAC